AGUUCCGUACUUUUAUUGUGAAGGUUUUUCUAAAACGUCACCCGGAACUAACGACCUCGAUCUCGCCAAUGUUGCUGGCUUCACACCAGUCAGUUUCGUUCCUGAAAACACAUUCAACAUGCGAGAGAAAGCAACGGGCUUUUGGGCUUGCAGUGAUUCUCAGCUGUUCUGGUUACUGCAAUGAAUGGUAACACUAUCCAUCAGGCUACGACCACAGCUUUGGUUGCAGUGCCUCGUGGCUGGAGGGACUUCUGUGAGUUGCAUGCCAUUGCCACGGCCCGAGAACUAGCCAACCACUACCGGAACUUUGCCAGGGAGUGGCCAGUGCACGAUGUCGUCCCCCCGGACAGCUUCUCCAAGCAGUUCAGUGAGCUGUUCCAGCAGCACUUCCACAGUGAGGUGGCCAAAGAACUCCCUGCUUCGACCCCUCCCCCCAUGAUGGGCCGGCUCCGCAUCACCACCUCCUCCGAGGCGCUGGACUACAGGGAGGCGGGCCGGUCUGGCGUUCUGGCCCCAAAGACUGAGCCCGUGCCGGUGAGCCGGGAGCAGGGGAACCCCAUCCGGUGCUCGGCAGCCAACCCGGUGCUACGAGCUCGAGCUCCCAUCCUGAGCCGCAGCCAGGAGGAGGUGACUGUGUCGGAGAGGCGGCCUGCGUCUGAACGGUACAUCCCCACCUCGACUUCCUUCACUGCUGCUGAAGUUACACACUUCUCCGUCAGCCAGAUCAGGAAAAGCGUGUGCCGUCUCUUUAAGAAGCCCCCGCCGCCCCUUCAGGACCUGCAGCCCAGCAGGCUGGUGGACAGGGGAAUGGGUGGGGCGCUGGAGGAAGUGACGGCCUUAUCGUCGUCAGCGCUGACUGGGAACCCCUCCCACGAGACCACGCCCUCGGCCUCCCCCACGUCGACCCACUUCCUAGAACGGCUGAAUAGCAGGUUUGUCCGUAGGCAGAGUGGGAAGCGCAGGCCGCAGGCUGCAAGCAGCUGCAAGGAGGGCCAGCUGAAGUACCUGGUGGUUGACGACACUAUCUCGGACACACAGCAUCGCUGGCAGCGCUGCCGCCUGCUUGUGAGGAAGAUCAGAGAGGGCCUGGCAGGAGAGAGGUUCCAGCUGGAGCUCUACGACCCCCCCAAGGGCUCCAGUCCUAAACUGACAGCACGUUGCUCAGACAUCCUGGAGAUCCGCCGCUGCAACUGUCUGGAGAUGCCGGACAACACAAACACGUUUGUUCUAAAGGUUAAUCACUAUCCAGGUAGUCUCAUAUUUGAGACCGACAAUGACCAACAGGUCAGCUCCUGGACAACAGAAAUUAAAGAAUGGAUAAACAACAGGUCUGGAAGCGGGGAUUUGGAACGCCUAACCUACCCUACAGAUAAUGCUGCGACGGCCAACCGGAGAGGGAGCUCCGAGUCAGGGAGUCAGGGCUCUGCGACCUUUGCCCUCUCGGAGCAGGUGUACCAUAAGACUGACCACUUCCUGUGUUUGUACCCAUGGUUCCAUGGCCCCAUUUCGCGGGUCAAGGCGGCCCACCUGGUCCAGAACUCGGGCCUGGAGGGCCACGGAGUCUUCCUGGUGAGGCAGAGUGAGACCCGCCGCGGAGACUAUGUCCUCACCUUCAACUACCAGGGCAAGGCCAAGCACCUGCGUCUGUCUCUAACAGAGUGUGGUCAGUGUAGGGUGCAGCAUCUGCGCUUCCCCUCCGUCAUGGACAUGCUCAGUCACUUCCGCCUCUACCCCAUACCCCUGGAGUGUGUCGCCGCCUGCGACGUCACCCUCACCAGCUUUGUGGUGGCCAAUUCUACCGCACAAGGUCAGAGUUCAUCCGCUGUCCUGGUUCCAUUCUCCCUGCACCGCUGGAGCUCCGAACCCAGCCUAGCCCACUGCAGCCCCAGCCUGCUCCCCUCUCCAGACCCCCUUCCCCAGCCCAGGCUCCCUCUCCUACGCCCUGCGCCCUUCCCAGACCUUUCCACCUCGGGUCCCCUGCGUCGGAGCGAGUCUGUGGGCCGCAGACCUAUUCUGCGUCACCCCAACCCCCACCCACCCCUCCUCACUCAACGGGACUCCGACUACGAACUGGAGCCAGACAGAGGCCGCAAGCGGGCCAUCGACAACCAGUACAUGUUCCUCUAAUUGGUGGACUCCCGGUCACAGCCGACCCAGUGGUGGCUCUGAGACUCCAAAUGAGCGAAGGACAGACUCAUGAGUGAACGUGUAUGCCACAGUGGAAGUCUGUCUCGUGGGCUGGGUGUCAGAGGUCCGACCCGAGUGUCCAUUGUGAAUGUAUUUUUUAGGAAAGUGUCUAAUCUUAUGAUUGUCAUUUUCUGAAGCGGCUGUCGUGGUCCUUCUAAGGGACGUUGCUACAUGGGAGUGAGUGGCGCUGGUAUGGAAGGUCUUCCCUCAGUCCCUCCCUUCUAUAGGGGUCUGUUCACUCCCUCCACACAUACACUCCAUUUAAAUGAAUUCUGUUUUUUGAUACCCUGUGUAUUAGUGUAUCUCAAAUGCACACAUUGUGUACUUUUAAACACUGUGUAUUUUAGAACGCAGACUAUUUUUGUAGGAAUAUGAAGGUGUUGAAAAAAUAAUAAUAAUAAAAAAACUUAACUGUGAUGAGCUCAGGGCUGUAACAGUGACGAGUCAUGACCAGUCAAAUUCCAUGCGACUAGCCUUCUCAAACUGCGCUCUGAUGGUUAGUAGCCUACCAAACGUGCCAGUCGCUCAGCACUAUUGUCCCUCUAAUCACUCUUGACAUCAAUGCAAAUCAAACACUUCAUGAGAGCUCAUGUUGCACAACAUUUUUCUAGGCUAUGCAAUUGCGUGAGAAAUGUUUUGAUGGCCUCUAAAGAGUCACAGCUUUCUAUAAUCUAGGCCUACUAUAUUUCUCAACUUUCCUAAUAUUAAGCACAUUGCUUCUCUUUACAACAUGAGUAUAGCCAAACUGGCUGUAAUGAAAAUGAACCACGGGAAAAGCAACCUCCAUUUGCUAUUUUAAGUGCGUAGAUUACACAUUCUUUCCCCCCCUCUUCCGACAGGUGCAAGAUAAAUGGUCCAUCAUUAAGUAUAGGUAAAGACAAGAUUAGUCUGAUGGGUGACAAUAUUUGGUUAUCACUCAUGAUGCCCAGGGUGUGCAAUAAGGUAAGAAACAGAGCAUGUUUUGUUUUUUUGCAACCUUUUCUAAUCAUAGUCGCACAUGUCAUGUAGCCUAGACCAUUACCGUUCAAAAGUUUGGGGUCACUUAGACAUGUCCUUGUUUUUGAAAGGAAAUCAUUCUUUUGUCCAUUAAAAUAACAAAUUGAUAAGAAAUACAUUGUAAAUGACUUGUUUAUGGAAUAUCUACAGAGGCCCAUUAUCAGCAACAAGCACUCCUGUGUUCCAAUGGCACGUUGUUAGCUAAUCCAAGUUUAUCAUUUUAAAAGGCUAAUUGAUUAUUAGAAAACCUUUUUACAAUUGUUAGCAUAGCUGAAAACUGGCCUUUAGACUAGUUCAGUAUCUGGAGCAUCAGCAUUUGUGGGUUAGAUUACAGGCUCAAAAUGGCCAUGGGAGAAAUUGCCAAGAAACUGAAGAUCUCGUACAACAAUGAACUACUCCCUUCACAGAACAUUGCAAACUGGCUCUAACCAGAAUAGAAAGGAGUGGGAGACCCUGGUGCACAACUGAGCAAGUGGACAAGUACAUUUGUGUCUAGUUUGUGACAGACGCCUCAAGUCCUCAACUGACAGCUUCAUUAAAUAGUACUCGCAGAGGUGCGACCCCGGGAUGCUGGCCUUCUAGGCAGAGUUCCUCUGUCCAGUGUCUUUUCUUUUUAUUUGCAACUCUGCCUAGAAGGCCAGCAUCCUGAAGUCGCCUCUUCACUGUUGACGUAGGUGUUUUCCGGGUACUAUUUAAUGAAUCUGUCCGUUUCGAACUAGACCCUAGUCCUCUUGCUCAGUUGUGCACCAGGGCCUCCCACUCCUAUUCUAAUCUGGUUAAAGCCAGUUUGCGCUGUUCUGUGAAGGGAGUAGUACACAGCAUUGUACGAGAUCUUCAGGAUUAGCUAACACAACACAGGAGUGAUGGUUGCUUAUAAUGGGCCUCUGUAUGUAGAUAUGCCAUAACAAAAUCAGCCGUUUCCAGCUACAGUAGUCAUUUACAACAUAAACCAUGACUCCACUGUAUUUCUGAUCAAUUUGAUGUUACUUUAAAAAUACAUGUGACCCCAAACUUUUGAAAGGUAGUGUACAUCAAAAGUAACAUUGACAAAGUCAUCAAUAUUUGAAAACACAGAAUCCCCAAAAAUGUUCAGAAAUGUGAGAUGUUCUCAUAAUUUACCAUAAAAAUGCACCUUUUUAUAAUAAAGCAUUACAUGUCUAAUCACAUUUGCAGACUUAUGUAAGAUUGCUUACUAUUUGUAAUGUGAUGAGUACAUAGUCAUAAUUUAGGCAAAUAAUAACUGAAUCACUGUUGGUAAAACAAAAAAGACCGUUCAGUCCAUUGCUGAGCACGUAUAGCAGGCCAAGGCUAUAUAGGAUACGUUUCUUCUUUGCAUGUGAAAAAUGGCCCUUUUAUAAAUGCAAUUCUACUACACUUCAUAUGGCAUCUUUUUUUAAUAGGACAAAUUAAAAUGAGUAGCCUACUCAGCUGACAGUGACCAUAUUAUAGGCCUAUGAGAAGGGGUGAGACAUGUCCAUCCUAAACUGGAAAUAAUUUUUCAAAAACAAACUUAAGUGGCACUGACCCAACAAUGUUCACUCAAUUAAGUUGAGAAUUUUGAUAAGACAGUAAGUCCUUUCACUGUCUUCUCUUUACAGCAUUAAUCAUUUGCUUUCCAAACUGUUUUCCCGCAAUUGUAUUUUGAAAUAUUGCUAUAUGCCGGGCUUGGCCUCUAAUUUUCAGACAUUCGCAACUCAACAAAUAUCUGCCUUUCCUUCCAAAUAUAGGCCAUGCGAUUUAAAACAAUGUUUUAUUUUGAAUGAUUAUAUUUAUGCUUAGGCAAAUUAGGCUAUAUAAUUUUGGCAAUUUUAAUUACAUUUCCUUUGGGAGAAUCUUAGCUUCCCCUAUGCUUGCAUAUUAAAAAGGUAACUGCACGCGACCUCCAUAUGCUGUUAGAGUGCAGGCUACAUGGGUUUUGUGGGCCGUUCUAAUAAAAAAAAUAUUACACAUAUUAGGCUAUAUGUAAAGACCAUAUUAAAUUGAGAAUAGGCUGAAGGGUGAGAUUAUCAAGUGCUUGUCAAAUUGUGAGAGACUGAAGUGUGCAGCCUGCACAAGAAACAGAGCUAAUGCCUUUCAUGCGACUAAAAAUAACAUAAGCAUAUAUGUUAACUACUCAACAUAGACUAGCCGCAUGUGCCCACUCCCUCAAGGAUAUUUUUAUAUAUUCUUCAUUCUAUAAAAUAAAUGCCACGCAAUUCCAAGCAUAUCUUGUCUGCUAAAUUAACUAGUGUAGCCCACAGCCAUAUCAGGGUCUAACAUAAGUACAACUCAGUAUGCUAUUCUGUUCUGAAAUAGACAUUUUCUUUAUAUGUUUCUUUAGAACUGUCUAAAAUGAAUAAUGGAUUUAAUGUGAUGGUGUAACAGGCAUUACUGUAGAGACCAGCAGUUAUUGGCUUGACACUCACCGGCUGACAAUUUCAUGAUCUCCACAACCCUAAAUGAGCCUUCCAUGUAGGUUUGGAAGAGGCUCAUAGUUGGGGUGUGUUGGUGCUAAACCUCAAGAGAUGUGACUGAAUAAAGGGUUUGGGAGGAGACAUGAAACCCAACCUAGUCUUUGGUCCUCAACACACUCAGUUGUACAAAACCUUUUACACAAUGGUUAUAAUAUGACAGUUUGUCUACACAACCCUUGUGUAAAAAUAUCACCGUUGUAAAACCUGAAUGUGUACAGGGCCAAAGAUUAGCGUGUUAAUUUCCUAUCAGCAUGAAACAGAAAGGUCCUUACCUGUGCUCUCCAUCGCUACCAGGAAGUAACGGAUAACUCAUCCUGGUGCUCGUAAAAUGUUUGCAGAUGCUACAUUUGAAUGUUUGUCUAUGGCUUCUUAAUCAUCGAGCUCUAGAAAGCAGCCCUCACUAAGAACCCAUGUGGUGCCUUAACACUGUGUACGCAACCAUUCUGGUAUACAUUUGUUUAUUAAACACUUUCUCACUUUUCUGUAUGUAGCUCUUUCCCCUUGCUUAACACUAACUUAGCAGUGACACUUUAGUCAGCGACUCAUCAACCUCGAUGUCAUGCAGUAUUUAUGGUAAUCAUAGGGUUUCCUGUUUAAGAAAUGCACAAAGGCAGGUUGAUCUUAGACAUGAUCAGGAUAUUUUAUUUUCAUUGCAUAAUUGAGCUACAAAUGUAUCAAGGGUAUCUUCCAAAAUUUAAACUGACAUUAAGUGUUUAGGUGGGGUGGGGGAAUAGACAAUUGUAAAGUACGGUUGGUCUCCUGCACUUAAGUUUAAACUAAACCCAAACGUCUGUUCUGCAAAAGGAAAUCAACGGUAUCAGUCCCUCUGACCUGUAGAGAGAGAGACUGCUUGACUGCCUCCGGGCCUGACGUUAGAAAUUAGUGCAAUAACAGAUUUCCCAUGAUUUUUUCUUAUUGAAAAACGCUUUAUAUUAUGGCUGAAUCUGUACACUGGAGAAACAAACAAUUCAUACUUGGCAUCCAGCAAUAAAGAUCACCCCUACUUACGUCAGUGUCAAGCUUAGAGUGCAUUCCAUCACUGCAGACCUGGGUUGCUUCCUCUUCAACUGUCUGCACAUAGGUUUGUUUUAUACUCCCAAGGAAACAGUGCAAAUGGAUUGGCAUCAAAACACAUAGAAACCAUGUUUGAUGCCAAUCCUCACCAAUUAAAAAAGGUGCCUCCAACCUCCUGUGCUCAGGUAUUAGAACAUUUGCUUGCAAGCAUUUAUUUUGGCCCCUCAGCGACGCCUUGGCUGACAUGUACAUUUUGAGUUCAACUGAUGAAUGCACGUCUUCUCAAUACUGUUGAUUCUAUUUAUGUAUUAGCACUGUAACAUUCUAUCACUAAGAAAACCACCCCAAAGCUUUUGUCGAUCUUUGAUCAAUUGUUACAUUUCCCUCAGUUAUAAGCGUUCUAAAUUUAUAUAAACUGUAUAUUUGACUUUUGGAAAAUAAAGCUAACCAAAACACA